GGGGUCCGGGAGAGAACAGAGGCCGGGUUGCCCCGCCCCCGCCUUCCGUGCCCGGCUUCAUUCCGCGUUCGAAGGGGCCCGCUUCCCCUUCCGGAGAGCGGCGGCCGGCCCCUGCGUCUGUCCCGGCCACUGCGGAGUCGCUACUGCGGCGAGCAUGGCAGCUCUGAGCAGUGCGACCGCCUUGCGCCUCUGCGCCACAGUUAUUUUUCUUGACAUGGCUUUUGGUAAGAGUGUGGUGCCAGAUUUAGAUGACUCAUUUAAACAAAGUCGAAAAGAUGACAUUUGGCUUGUAGAUUUUUAUGCACCGUGGUGUGGCCAUUGUAAAAAACUAGAACCAAUUUGGAAUGAAGUUGGUAUUGAGAUGAAAAACAUGGGUUCUCCAGUUAAAGUUGGGAAGAUGGAUGCUACUUCCUAUGCUAGCCUUGCUGCAGAGUUUGGUGUCCGAGGUUAUCCAACAAUUAAGCUAUUAAAGGGCGACUUAGCAUAUAACUAUAGAGGACCACGAACUAAAGAUGAUAUUAUUGACUUUGCUCACAGAGUAUCUGGGGCUCUAAUCCGGCCACUUCCGAGUAAGCAAAUGUUUGAACAUGUGCAAAGGAGGCACCGUGUGUUUUUCGUUUAUGUAGGUGGAGAGUCACCUUUGAAGGAGAAAUAUGUAGAUGCUGCUUCAGAAUUAAUUGUGUAUUCAUACUUCUUUGCUGCCUCAGAAGACGUGGUUCCUGAGUCUGUGGUGCUGAGAGAGGUGCCUGCUGUGCUUGUUUUCAAAGAUGACACUUACUUCAUUUAUGAUGAGUUUGAAGACGGUGAUCUGGAAUCCUGGAUCACCAGAGAGAGGUUUCAGAAUUACCUUACGGUGGAUGGCUUCCUCUUGUAUGAGCUUGGAGACACAGGAAAGCUUGUCGUUAUUGCAGUUAUUGAUGAGAAAAAUACAUCAAUUGAACAUACCAGAUUAAAGUCAGUUAUUCAGGAAGUUGCCCAAGAUUACAAAGCCCACUUCCGUAGGGAUUUUCACUUUGGCCAUAUGGAUGGAAAUGAAUAUAUAAAUAGCUUGCUGAUGGAUGAAUUGACGGUCCCAACUGUAGUUGUACUGAAUACUUCUAACCAACAGUACUUUUUACUGGAUAGACAAAUUGAGAAUGCCAGUGACAUGGUCCGGUUCAUUGAUAACAUUUUGAAUGGCACAGUAGAAGCCCAAGGAGGUGAUAGCAUUUUGCAGAGAUUGAAGAGAAUAAUGUUUGAUGCCAGGACUACUGUUGUGUCUAUAUUCAAGAGCUCACCACUUAUGGGCUGCUUUCUCUUUGGCCUACCACUGGGUGUCAUCAGUAUCAUGUGCUAUGGAAUCUACUCUGCUGACACAGAUGGAGGUUACAUGGAAGAACAGUAUGAAAUAUCUAAAAGUGAAAUGGAAGGUCAAGACUUCAUGGAAGAGAGCAGAGAACAACAGGAGCCAAGCGAUGGAGAGCCUGUAAUGCCUCCAAUGCAUGAACCCAAAGAUGCAUUAGAAAAGAAGAAAGAUUGAGACCUUAGCAGUAUAAAAUGGUGGAUAGGAUUUCAAAUUAUUCAAGAGUCUGUUUAUUGAAUUUAGAUACUUAAUCAUGAUCUUGACAGAAGGGAACAUGUUAUGGGUUUUUUACUAAUAUUGACUGCGUGGAUUAAAGUUCUCCCAUAAAUGGGGGGAUGUUUGGAGCAGAGAGAUGGGAUGCUGGUCUAAAACAUGCAGACAGAAAAAAGACACUCCAUCAGAGUUUACAUCAUAGAUGUUAUUUUAACAGAUCAGUUAUAUUUGCAUGUUUCUCUAUCUGAAUAUUUGUGUCAAAGUUCAGAUUCUGGGGCAGAAUAUUUAAAUUGGCCAAUCAGGUAGAAGAUACAUGUUUGUUAUAGGAACAUAAUACCUCCACCCCCUAUUAUCCAUUCUCAUAUAUUUUGGAUAAGAUUUAUAUGGACAAAGUUAAGUCUUUAAAAAAAAAUUCGGCACUUUAAGGAGAACUAAUAAUUUUUCCAUAUAUCGAAUUAAAAUUAUGAGGUUAAUAAUUUGGUUUUGUGUAGCAUAGCCAUGUUAUUUUUUAGCUAUUAUUUUUAAAGGAGAGAAAAUGUUACUUUUUAACUUUAAUACUUAGUUAUACAUUAUUAUAAAGUUUUCAAAUGGACCUAUAGAGUGGGACAAAGUAGUCUUUAUGUUUGAUCUUUGCACUGUAAACAGGGCUGACUUGGAACAGUGGUUUCAAACCAUACCCUCGGACACUCUUAACAGAUGCCUCGGUGGUCAUUGCAGGAACAGAAGGUCUGUUUCUCCUACCCAGCUUUGGCCAAGACAGCUUCAUUGUUUUUUUUGGUUUAUUUUAUGUAUUGGGAUUGCUUCUAAAAUUUUCUUUCAUACAAAGCUUCUGCUGCUUUUAAAAAAGUAAUAUAUAUGAUACUCUUUAUUGUAACUUAUAUUCUAAUGUGUGUGAGUGUGUGUGUGUGUAUAUAUAUGUGUAUAUAAAAUUUAUUGACCAUAAGUCUGUUAGGUAAUAUUAUUGCUAUAUCUAUGUUCGUAUGAGUAAUAGAUGACAUUGUCAGCACGUCAAACAACAAAAGUCAUGCCCAAUAAAAAGAGAUCUGCCAGUUAUCUUUAGUGUCCACUCAGUUCCAUCAACCAGUGCCCUCCCAUCAUCUGUCCACAGUGAAACAAGGUAGGAAUUCCACCCCACGUAAUGUCUAAUAAAUUAGUAGUUUUUCCAGUAACAUUAUAGUAUGUUUAUUGUAGAUUAGUUUGUUGUUUUUCAGGCUUUCGUUCCAGCUGAAUUUUCUUAGGUGACUAUUUUUUGGGUGGUUAUUUCUUGAGUGAUUGAGUUAUCCAAUAUAAAGAAUUUCUUUAAGCAUUUAAAAAUGUUUACUUGUUUAAAAAUACGUUAUUCAUGGUCCUGAUACUGAAGUUGUCUAGGGCUUUUGUUAUUUCUACUGCCUUGCUGAUCAUGACUAAACUGAAACUCUUACAUCUUAGGUACUAAAGAAUUAUACUAGUAGUUUAUUGUUUCAUGUGCUCUUGUUUUUAGAAUUUAAUAAUUACUCAUUCUUAAUGUUUGGGACCCAUUACUUUUUUAAUAAUGAGACAUACAGUCAGAGAAUUUCAGGAAAUACUGGGGUAAGUGUUCUUAAAUAGAAAUUGGAGAUAUAUGCUAUUAGCUUCAUCAGGUAGAAUCCUCUCCAGAGAGUCAUGAUGAAUUAUUUUAGAAGGUAAAUAUUAAUGUUCCUAAUGAUCAGGCUGGAUUUUUAAUUGUGACAAGCUUAGAUAACUACAGAUGCCUCAUUUGAUACUCAGCUACUAUGGAAAGCGAAAGCUGUGUAGUCAGUGAGAGGAUACAUUUCUGCUACAAACAUGCCUUUUUGUUUUCUUUCUUUCUUUCACAUUUACCACUCUCAGAUGUUAGUCACCUCCAUGUUUUUGUAUUUGGAUUGAAUCAUUCAAGCAUUAUCUCUAAAUGAGAGGCCUCGAUAGGGAGGGGGUUAAAAAAGUAAAGCUCAAUACAUACAGAAGACAAAAAUCCAGUGAUCUUCCUGUGUAUUCCGAGGUUUUCUUGUUUCUAAAUUAAUGCCUUCGUUUUCUGUUACACUUUUCACACGUUUGUGCUGUUGCCUCAAAGUGUGUGUGUGCUUUUGAAGUGUGCUCAUUGGAAGAACAAAAUAUGUAGUUUGUAAGUGGUUUAGGUUUACCAUUUUAUUUCUUUUUGUGUUUAUAUUGCCAGACUGCUCACAAAGCAAAUUUUAAACUUUAGUUCGCUAGUAUGCGUUUCCCAUGAAUGUGAUAUCAGAGCUUACUAGAAAAGCUAUUUUCAUUUUAGGAAAAUUUCCUUCAAAAUAAAGGCAAACCUCUAAUAAUUGUACCUAGUAGGAGAACAUAGACAUCAUAAUUCAUAGAUAAAUCUUAACUGUCAUUGCAUCUCAGUCACAGGAAAUGUCCUUUAGUAAGUUGGAGUUUCACCUUCCCUUUCAAUUGCAAAGGUUCUACUUCUGACUUCUAUAGUUCAGAAUUCUAGAUGCUUGCUGUUGCUGAACUUGGUCCUCAGAGAAUAUAUAUAUUUCAUAGAAAGAAAUGGCAUGUUUUUAUCAAGUAUCCGAUGCACUCCAUCGGAGCUUGCAUUCCUUUUUAUUUCAUUGUAUACAUUAGUAUUUCUCUGGCUAAUCUUACCUGAACCUUGUUUGAGGUGUAUUAGGCCCAGAAUUUUCAUUUUCUUCUUCCUACACACUUCUCCCUGGUAUCUGAUUUAGAGACGACAUUAAGCUGCCAAAUGUCUGGAGGUUGAAGGAGGGCCUGUGUCUUCGGUCUAUAUGAGUAGUUAACUAACUACACUUUGUUUUAGUUUGGUGGACUUCUGUUCUUUUCUUGUGUUUUAUUUCAGGGGACAGUUUUGGUUUUGGUUUUGCAAAAUAAUUAUUUUCAUCAUAGUUGCAUAUAAUAAUGGAGGUAGGACAGGGAAAAAUCACUCUGCUGUUUUUGUUAUGUAGAAAUUGUCCAAAUAAACCAAUGUGAAAUGCUAGGGCUGUCAAUCUCUGUGAUAUGUUUACUGUUUUAUUUAUAUAUGUAUAUUUGUUUCAGAAUGUGCGUCCAAGAGUGGACUUUUUUUUUUUUUUUACUUUGGGCUAAUCUGUAAAGGUUUUUGAAAGUGUAUUACUAACUUGUUGAAUUCAUGAUGUCCUGCUUUAUGGCACCAAUUGUAAACCUUUGCUUUUCUAAAAUAAAUUAACUGAAAACAUGUGUAAUAUAUUAUUACUUUUAUUAUUUUUCUUUUGGUUGGUUGUGAAACGAAUAGUGUUCUGCGCAGAGAGGACAGCCAAGACUGACCCUCUACAAAGUAUUUUUUCCCUUUUGCUAAAAUGUAAGUCAUUCAUAAUUAUAAAAACAAUUUUAGAGUUUAAACAGACUUUAUAGAGAUCUGAUUCUAAUCUAAUCCACUUAUAGUUGAGAAACCUAAGAUUCAUAGGCUUGACCUGUUUUGUAUUUGACAUAUCAUGUAAAAUCUGAUUACUUAUAAAUAUUGAUUUUUCCAAGAGGGUAUCUUUCACUAGAGUGAGAGAGGGCUGCCUGUGGGCAUAGCCAAGAUGUCCUGACCGAAGAUCUGUAUCCUGAGUCAUUCCCGGUCCUGAAUUGUAAUCUGUUACUUCCUUAAUAAACCCUGUAACUGUGAA